GAUAGUAGAUGCUUUGGACAUGAGAGAGGAUGUGCAGAAACCCACCAAGAAGCUGGCGCUAGGAACCCAGAGAAAGCUAUGUUUUGCCCUGAGCAUGCUGGGUAAUCCUGACAUUGUGCUUCUGGAUGAACCUUCCACAGGGAUGGACUCUAAAGCCAAGCAGCAAAUGUGGAAAGUCAUCAGGUCUACAUUCAAAGGGAAGGAGCAGGCUGCUGUCCUCACCACGCAUUUCAUGGAGGAGGCCGAAGCCGUCUGUGACCGAGUGGCCAUCAUGGUGUCUGGGCAGCUGAGAUAUAUCGGGUCCGUGCAGCACCUGAAGAGUAAAUUUGGCCGACACUACACCCUAGAGCUGAAGCUGGAAGCAGACUCCGGGACCCAGCAAAUGGAGAUUCUACACAGGGAGAUCCUAAAACAUUUCCCCAAUGCCUGCCGCCAGGAGAGCUUUGCUUCACUGAUGUCAUACAGAGUUCCCAAGGAGGAUGUACAGUCCCUAUCACAGGCCUUCUUCAACCUGGGACAAGUGAAACGGACCUUUAAUGUGGAGGAGUACAGCUUCUCCCAGUCUACACUGGAACAGGUGUUCAUUGAACUUGCUAAAGAGCAGGAAGAGGAGGACAACUUUGCGACCAUGAACAGCACCCUCUGCUGGAACCGGAGACAGGAAGACACCGUGGCCUUCUGAUUGGUGCGCCCCCGCAGUUGUACGCAGCGGGGACUUCCACCCCCCUUCUCCGUACGAGGGGGGGGGGUAAGGGCAGCACUGCGCCGCCCCGGUAUAACGCCGCACACUCCCGGAACAGCGAAGGACUGAGGACUCCCA